AAUAACCUAUGCUAGGAGUCUAUCGACGCACAUGAUAAUAUUAGUAACUUUGAAUAAUAACUCAAGGCUUCUUCUCAGGCCAGUGCUCUUUGGGUAAGUAGGAUAUGAGCAUGGUUUCUAUCAAUGAAUCCAACAAUUAUUCUACGAACUGGCCCCUCCCUAAAGACAAAACCUUGAUGUUACGGAUAAUUUGUGGUAGGCAUUAUGAUCACUUACACUUCCUGAUAUCAUGAUAACAAGUAACUGGCUUGUAGAUCGAGAUUAAAAUGUAUUUAGUGGAAUAUAUUGACUAGAAGACGCGGGCACACGAGUGCUGUGACUAUUGCAAUUAGUUGAACAUGGUCGAGGCGAUUUACAAAUCAUUAGCUCGUGAUUUAGGGAUACCUAAAACGGUGGAGAUAAUGCCGAGCGUUCGUACUCAAAUAGCUUGAGACAGUGGAUGCGAAGUUCGAUUAACUGCUGAAUUCUCGGGCAUGCUGUCGCUCGUCGGUGGCCAAAAUUGACGUUCUAGUGUAAUCAACGGAGUGUUUGAAUUCAUGAAGAGUUAUUAGGAUCGGUUAGGCUGGCAGCUAUUCUUGUUCUUCGUCUGCCACUCGUCCGUGUUAGGAUCGAGAAAGAAUAUCUCAGAUUACAUAGAUAGAUAGAGGGCCCCAAGUGUGUCCAAAGGUCGACUGUGAAUUUGUCUGUUCAUGCCGAAAGGAUGAGUGUGGCGAGCAAAUCUCUCCAAGCAUCGCUGUUUCCGUAGAAUCCCGUAAACUCAGGAUUUACUCAGGAUUAGGUUCCAACAUAUAUAUUUUUCGAAGGCCAGCCAGCUCAUUCAAAAGUCGGAGUCGGGAUGUGCUGGAAUCCGUCCAUACCGGCGCCCGGGUUGGAGAAUGGUUCCAUGGGCUGUUCAAGUAUGUAAGCAGGGCGGAGAUAGUGAGGCACGCUUCACUGCAAGCAUUUCCAGGUCGGCGUAAUUAAUGGUCACCCCAGACUAAUACCUUAAUUCCUUACAUCUUCCGCGUACACCACUGUUCCUACGUGUACGUCCCGUCACGAGAUACGCAAGCCAUCUUACUUAGUGCCGCCGAGUUUCUCACUGUUGGACAAGUGGAGGUUGGCGCCACUAGGAUGGCCUCAGACGAGUGAGAUUGAUCAAAUUGACAAAUACACACAGGAGGCCAUGGGUGACGACGGUACAUCAAUUGCGGUAUGAGGCAUAGUGUAGUGGUGUGCACGCGGACUGCGUGUGUGCUGAAGCUGUGCGGUACCGACGGUGCAUGGCAGUGUCGCGAUCCGCGGGCAGAGUUGCCUAUCUGAGCCGGACGCUUUCCCAGGUUGAAUGGCUGGUCCAGGGCUUACUGUUGCACAUUCCGACAUGCUUCUGUAGCAGACUGUAUAUGCCUGCUGUAUAUGUAAGUAUAUGCAAGCGAGAUUCGGGCGUCUCUUUAAGCUUUUCUCGUGGGUGUCCUGGAUGGCUUGUCAAUGCGAUCGAUCUCAUCCCUCACGCUGCCUCCGCCAAGGGCAGCUUGAGGGUUCGCCCAGCCGGCUUCCCCCAGCGACAAGACGGGAACAAGACUUUUGGCUUGACGGCGGCGCUGGGCCAGAGGCGGGACAAGACGUCAAGGCUUGCUUGUCGUAAGCCUGCCCGCCUUGGCCUCAAGCUUAGCAGGCGGGUUCGGCGCCAGGGACUGUAUUACGCUGCUUGGCCCCUUGGCAGACGCUCUGUUCUUGAAACCGCCCCGGUCCUUUGCCCUGCCAAGCUCCGACCUGCAGCAGCAUUUACUGUAGUCUGUAGAUAGCGCGCACGCUAGUCCGGGAGGUAGACGCCAAGUUUACGGGGAAAUGUGUACGAUCCCCUGGGGGCGCCUGGGAUAUCGUUCAGUAUUCAUCCACCUGGCUCGCCUGGCUCACCUUGCCCAGCUGUGCUGUGUCGCAACGUGGAUGUGGCCCUGACAUGGACGACUUGGAUAGAGAUGACCUGAGAGUAUAGUGGCGAGGUGGAUCGAAGCAUGUAAUACGAGAUCAAGAGAUCGGGAGAGUGAAAGAGCCGAAGAGGAGCUGAGUCUCCCAUGAACUCGUACUACCUAGGC